UCACUCGUAGCCGCCAUCUUCUCUCGCGCAGUCAGGAGUUUGAGCAAGUUGCACGAUCUCGGCUGGAUUCAUCGAGCCAUAUGUGCAAGACACUUACUGCUUCAUUCAUCAUCAGAAAAUAACGAAGACUCCCUAGAUGUUUCUUUCUGUGGUCUUGGAAGCAUAGCUCCUGCCAAGCCCUUUGGAAGUGUGCUCAAUCGUACUGACUUGCCAGUCAUUGAUGCAAAAUGGAGAGGCUGGCAUUACCAGAACCUCCAGGAGAACGUCUACAGCACCCACCCCGUCGCCUGGUACAGUCCUGAGAUGAUUUCGCAGGACUUUGAAGGGUAUGGGAAGCCUUCGGAUAUAUACAGCCUUGGAAUGACGUUGGCCGAAAUUCGUGACUAUCCUUUUGUUACCCCUCCAGGUCGAGCAGCCAGUGGAGAAAUGCUCAAUAUUUUUGAGAGCUGUACGCACCCUGAUCCGAACUGCCGUCCAACUGCUGAGGACCUCAUAAACACACCUUGGAUACAAAAUGGUCUUACCACACCUUUAAGGGAGAGCGUCCUUGCCUCCUUCCGUCAACAAUAA